AAACCAAAAGCGAAGGCCCCCCUUCCUCCCGCUGAGACGAAGGGCAUGGGUGUUUCUUCUUCUGAGGAGCCUGGAGAAUCGACUGCUGUCACCGCGGAGCGAAAUGAAAAUAUGGUAGAUAAAGACAUUGACCUCUCGGUGGUCCUGCCUGGAGACAUUCUCAAAUCUACUACUGUUCCUGGCAGUAAGCCAAUGAUGGACUUGCUCGUGUUCCUCUGCGCACAGUAUCACUUAAAUCCGUCAAGCCACACAAUUGACUUACUGUCUGCCGAAGAGAAUCUCAUCAAAUUUAAGCCAAACACACCAAUAGGAAUGCUGGAGGUAGAGAAGGUCAUUUUAAAGCCAAAAUCUCUAGACAAGAAGAAGCCUACACCGAUAAUCCCAGAGAAAACUGUCCGGGUCGUGAUUAACUUUAAGAAAACCCAGAAGGCCAUAGUGAGAGUUAGUCCCCAUGCACCGCUGCAAGAUCUUGCUCCCAUUAUAUGUAGCAAAUGUGAGUUUGAUCCCUUGCAUACAGUGUUGCUGAAGGACUACCAGGCUCAGGAGCCCCUGGACUUGACAAAAUCUCUUAAUGACUUGGGACUAAGAGAGUUAUACGCCAUGGAUAUCAGCAGAGCCCCCUCUGUCACUGCCUUCCGUAAGUCAUCUCUCCAAGAGUCCUGCCAAGUACUGCAGACCCCAGACAUUGUGAAGGAGAAAGAAAACCGAGGGAUUUUCAGCUUUUUCCAGCGCAGUAAGAAAAAGCGGGAACAGACUGCCAGCGCACCUGCGACCCCGCUAGUGAGCAAGCACCGUCCGUCUUUUACAAGGUCCAACACCAUUUCCAAACCCUACAUUUCCAACACACUACCCUCGGACGCGCCCAAGAAGAGGCGCGCCCCGCUGCCCCCUAUGCCCACGUCGCAGGGCACUGUGCAAGGCCAGGAGAGGCGAGCUUCGUGCGUGGUGAGAUCCACAAGCGUGGACGACGCUGACAAGAAUUCCACGGAUGGGAUCAUGAUGAGGACAGGGUCACUGCAGCUCAGUAGCUCCUCAGGAACUUUGUCUCUGAAAAGAACAAAGCGAAAAGCACCUGCCCCACCUUCGAAAACGCCUCUGCAGAACGAUGACAGCAGCCCUGCGUCUGAUAAUGCCCUGCUUUCAGAAGAUGGAGUUGCUCCAGACAGCGCUUUGGAAGCAGACUCUCCUGAGGUGCUGUCCAGCCUAGAUGGCUCCCCUGGCCCCCGGUUCCUAAGCCAGGAGCAGUGUACUGUGCCCAAGCCGGCGGAUGAACUCUCGCUCUCUGAGGGCCCUGGAACUCCAGAGGCAGCUGUAGCAUCCUUGACGUCUGGCGUGAGCUCUGAUUAUAGUCUUGAGGAGAUCGAUGAAAAGGAAGAACUGGGUGAGCCAUCCAAAGAUCAGGCGGGAAGUGGUUCUGUGAAAUCGCCUGACGUCCCUUCGGAAUCUACUGAUAGAAUCAAUUCGUUGGAGAAUGAUCCUGACUCAGCCCUCAGCCUUAGUGAUGGAGAGGCCUUGCCAAGCUCCAAGGGACGAAGCCAAGAAGGCAGAAACACAGAGGGAAAAGGGCCAUAUAAUCCUGUCAUAAAUGAUAUGAACAAUGAAGACACAGUAUCUGACCGUAUUAGAGACUUGAAGACAUUGGAACCAAACCAAGAGCAUGUUCAAAAUGAAAUUAUGGUCUGUGCCACAAACACAGAUUAUGUGAGAGACAGACUGAGGAAACCAGAAACCGCCAGAGAAGGCCAAGCCCCAGAGAAAGCCGUGGACGUGGAAGCUAGUGGACUCUCAGGCUCUCCAGUGUGUAGAACGGAUCAUGCUGCACCAUCAGGACCAGAUCAAAAAACGAAUCAACCAAGCGUAGAAAAGACGAAGAUGCAAGAUGCAGCAAUUCAGGCCAGCCCUGCCUGCAGCAGUUUUGAUGGGAAUCAUGCAGACCAUAAUUUGUCUGACCUCAAGGUUGAUGAGAGUGUGCAGACUUCAGCUAGCAGCAGAUCAACCCAGCACUCGUCCUCAAGUCUCCAAGAUUCUGUAAAUGCCUCAAAGGCAUCCAGGAGUCCCAGCACCCCAACACAUGUCCCAGAGAGACUCCCCGUGAAAGAGGCAGCUUGUGCAUCUGGGAACGAUGGCCCUCUGUCUCCUGUAGACGGAAGUGACAAGAUUCCAGCUGCUCUUUACCAAAAGAAUUCUCCACUUUACAGACAGGACUACAGCCCCAAGCCAAAACCGUCAAAUGAAAUUACGAGAGAGUAUAUCCCUAAAAUUGGAAUGACAACGUACAAAAUAGUGCCUCCCAAAUCCCUGGAGAUAGUGAAAGCCUGGGAAUCGGAAACAGUGGAGGAUAAAGAUGGCCAAAAGAUGCAUGCAGUAGGGCAGAAGCAUGUGCUUGAGAAUACGAAAGAAACAGCCAUGCAAACAGAAGAAGCCCUUGCUACUUCCAGAGGCUCCCAGGAGCCUCAACCUGACCUUAAACCAAAGCCCAGCCCAGGCACAGAGCGCCCUUUGCACAGGACUCUGAGCUCACCUACUGGUGCCGAGAACCCUCCGAAACCUCCCAGGGUGACUAUGGACACUGGCGGCGUUCCGUUUGCACCAAAUUUGGAAGACAUAAACAACAUUCUGGAGACAAAAUUUCGAGCCCGAGCUUCAAAUCCCCAGGCCAAACCAAGUUCGUUUUUUUUGCAGAUGCAGAAGAGAGCAUCAGGCCACUAUGUGACUUCUGCAGCUGCUAAGAGUGUCCACACGGCUCCAGGGCCUACCCUCAAAGAACCAGCAACCAAAGAGGCGCAGAGAGACUCACGGCCCCCUCCAGAGCAAAUUCUUUCUCCCUUAAGUGAAAGAACUCAUUCUGCCCCGCUGCCCAAUAUUUCAAAAACUGAUGGAAUCAUCCAGAAGCCUGCUGAGAUAUCUCUUCCUUCUGUAGCUCCCAAGCCUGUGGCUCCUCCUGCUGAGAUCUCUCCUCCCCCUGUGGCUCCCAAGCCUGUGGCUCUUCCUCCUGAGACCACUCCGCCCCCUGUAGCCCCCAAACCUGUGGCUCUUCCUCCUGAGACCUCUCUUCCCCCUGUAGUCCCCAAGCCUGUGGCUCUUCCUCCUGAGACCUCUCUUCCCCCUGUAGCCCCCAAGCCUGUGGCUCUUCCUCCUGAGACCUCUCUUCCCCCUGUAGCCCCCAAGCCUGUGGCUCUUCCUCCUGAGACCUCUCUUCCCCCUGUAGCCCCCAAGCCUGUGGCUCUUCCUGGUGGUCAGGGGGCAUCACUAAACCUGAAGACCUUGAAAACUUUCGGGGCCCCACGACCCUUCUCCAGCUCUGGCCCCUCACCCUUUGCCCUUGCUGUGGUGAAGCGGUCACAGUCGUUCAGUAAAGCGCGUCCAGAGUCACCCAAUGAGGACUGCUCUGCCCAGCCUGCAGCUGACAGGGAGGGUGAAAAGACACACACAGUAAAUAAACCUGCGGUGGUUCCCCAACACGAUGAUGUUGAUAAGAAAAAUAAACCUGUACCGAACGAACAGAGUUCUCAAAUGCUGACUCCAGCUGAUGGCCCAUCGUUCACCCUUAAGAGGCAGAGUUCUCUAACAUUCCAAAGCUCUGACCCGGAGCAGGUUCGGCAGAGCUUGCUGACCGCAAUCCGAUCUGGAGAGGCUGCCUCCAAGUUAAAGAGAGUUACUGUGCCGUCCAAUACAAUAGCUGUGAAUGGGAAGUCAGGACUCAGCCAUGCCGUGUCCUCUGAUGCCCAGGACAGUCGCUAACAUUGCCCUGCUGCAACACACUUCACUGACCAGCUUUCUUCCUACAAGGGAUAUCAGAAGAUGUAUAUUCAGAUGUACAUUAAUAUAUAAAUCUGUUCAAGAAUAAGCAUUUGUGUUAUGGAUUUAAUGCCAAAAGAAACAUGGCUAGAAUUUAUAAUUUAUAAUAUUGUUUGGUCUUUUUUGUCAUAACUAGGUAGUGCUGCUUUAGAAACUAAACAAGGUGUAAAUGACUUGUUUUUUUCCCCCCACUGCUGAAUAGUCACAGCUUAGUGAUUUUCUUUCUUUUAUUUAUGGACAUACUGUGUACCAUGAAACACAGGUGUACAUUGAGAUUUAUGGACAUAUUGUAUGACAGAAACAGACAAGCACAGACUAACAUUUACUGCCUCAGUGUUAGACUUUAAUUAGAAGUAAAUUAUAAUAAAGCCUUUUGGCUGAAAGAUAUCGAAAACUAGUAAAUCAAAUAAAUAAUGUUCAAUUAUUUUUAUUGAAGGACCACUUCGUGUGAGACUUAUUUUAUGCAUUCUUUAAUUACAAGUGAGUGACAGAUCUAUAGGAAAUAAUAAUAUUACUUUUUAAGUAUAUCACUUUAACCUUUAGUAGUUAAAUUGCACAAGGAUAUUUUAAGAUGCUUUCUGUAUAUAAUUAUGAUGGUGUUGCACAGAUAUUACAUAUUUUCUAAUGCCAGAAGUCUUAAAAUAUUCCUAUUAAAACGUUGAUAUAUUAUGGCAGAUAUUUCCCGUUUGGUAUAUCGGGAUAAUAGGGGCUAGUUUAUGUCCACAUUCAGAACUUUAAAGACUAGUUAGAAGUUUACAAGAUGUUGAUUUAAUUAAAAUAAAAUGCUGUAUUAGUCAUUUAUGAAGCUCAGAUGCUAAUUGUCUAAAUAAUAAUAUAUAUUUUCCUGAAAGCCAGACUGGUUAAGGGGAACAAUACUUGAUAUGUACUUGGCUUAUAGUGAUCCUAGAGUCUAGAACACAUUGGUGUUCUGAAUUUCCUUAAGAAUUUAAUUGAUCAUUUAUUCCAGAGACUGUUCAAACAGCCUGACACUGUUUUGAAUCUUACUAAAGAUACUGGGAUGUCUGCCAUUUUGACAAAUAUGAGUUCUUUUUCCAUUUAAUAAAAGCAAGUUAUAUAUUUGAA